AUGGAUAAUGUGCAUAAUAAGCACUACUUUUUUGAGGUAUACUCUUCAAAAGAAGAGAUAGAUGAUAUUAAUGAACUACAAGAUAAAUAUGAAUAUGAAAGUAUAUCUAGCAAAGAAGAAUAUUCAUUAUUUGGUAUUGAGGCUGGAGAUAUAAAUUUUGGCUUGAAAAAAACAAAGGUGAGAUUGUAUAUCGAACCUUCAAGUCUUACUAGUAGUCUCGUAUAUGUUACCUCAUUAUGUAAUGAAUAUAACCACUUUAUUGUUGAAAAGGAAAAUUUAAUAUCAAAUCGUCAUCUUGGUCCAGAAAUUCUUGAAGAGAUUGAAUUUCUCAUAAAUAUUGGCUGUGAAGCAGGUCCAAUUAUCCUCACACUUCAAAAAUAUUUUCCUGAAACAGUAAUACACCCAAAAUAUGUAUAUAAUGCAAUUUGUCGCAUUCAGAAUAGUCAGAAUAAAUCAAAAACAGAUGCUGCUGAAACGUUUGAAAAAUUAAUGAAAUUACAACGUGAGGAAUAUGGAUGGUUUGUUAAAGUGAGGCUGGAAGACAAUCUUGCGCUAAACAUUUUAUUCACUGAUGCAGACCUCACGAUAGUUUCAGCUAUUUAUGAAACAUUGCCAUCAACAAAGCAUAAUUACUGUAUCUGGCACUUUUGCAAAAACCUUGACAAAAAUCUGAGAGCUGGGCAUUAUGUCACACCAGUUGAUUAUUUAAUGCGAGAAUCCAGUCUACUCAACAUGUUGAAGUCACUUCUCAACAAAGAACAACAAUUUGAACGGCAUGAACAAUCAAAUCAAAAUCCAACAGUUGGUUUACCAAACGUUGUUAGGAGAUACUUCAAAAGAAUAGAUGCUAUCAUCAAAAAAUUUCUUACUCCUCUAGAGAAUUGGAAGGAUUUGCUCGAAAAUAAGAUUGUCAAACAAGAUGAAGAUGGUGAAGAUGGCAAAGAACAACAAUCUGAUGAUGAAAAUAAUCUGACAAUAAAGAACAAUCCAAUGAUGAAGAAUAAUCCGAUGAAGAACAAAGGCGAUGAUGAAGAACAAUCUGAUGUAGAACAAGGCGAUGAUGAAGAACAAUCUGAAAAGCUGAAUUUUCCUGAAGACGACUAUGAGUUACCAAUAUCCAACCUAUAUGCUCUGAUUACAUAUCUUAAUCAUGCUAACAUUCAUGCCAUGUUUCAUAUAGGACUCAUUCCAGAUCGAUGGUAUAAUGAAAAGUUUUUCGAUUUUCAAGAAGAACCUGCAAUUACAAUUUUUAGCGAAAAGAACACUGUUAAACCUAUCCUAUUACAUGAGGUUCGUCAUACACAAGCAUUUUUAGAAACUGUCAAGCAAAAUUUAUCUUAUCAAGCCAAAUAUAAUCAAGGUUUCAGCUACGCAAAGAAAGCAAUUGGACUAGCUCUUGAAAUAGACUGUGAAGACGAAUUAAAUAACAUGUUGCAAAGGUGGAUAAGAGAGAAGAAAAAUGAAACUAGUUUUAGGCAACUAGAGAUUAACAAAGAAAUCUGCCGAAUAUUAGCAACCCUUAUUAGACGC